AAUUACUUCAGUGAACAGUAGUACACAUUUCAAUCUAACAUCGUAGUAUUUAAUUUAAAAUAAUAACAAUAGUUUUUCAACAAAAAGCGAUUGCUCAGUUGAGCCAUCAAGCGAACGUCUUGGUAAAUUAACUUUGGAAAUAGUGAGUCUUUUGAACGCAAGAUGUCAGGCCACGAAGGUCACGGGGAUGGUGGUCAUGAUGGCCAUGAAGGUCAUGGAAGUGAUGGAGGACACGAAGGACAUUCCAUGGAGAUGACGUUCGUGACUGGUACGAGUGUGGUGAUGUUGUGGGAUUGGCACGUUGAUGGAGCAGGAGAAAUGUUUGGAGCAUGUGUCGCAAUGUUUAUAAUUGCCAUUUUGUACGAAGGACUAAAAUAUCUUAGAGAACGACUUCUAUACGUGGGUCGUGCCGAAAAAGGUGAAUGCAGUGGACCACAGUGCAAUGGACCCCCUACUAAUGUCAAGGCUGCGAUUUUAAAUUGGCGCCAUUUUGUGCAAACCCUGCUGCACUUCCUCCAAGUCGCGAUAUCAUAUAUUCUCAUGUUGGUAGUCAUGACAUACAACGUUUGGCUAUGCUUAGCAAUUGUGCUAGGCGCUGCUGUCGGUUAUUUCCUGUUCGGAUGGAUCCGGAACAGUUCGUACGAAAUAACUGAACAUUGUCAUUAAAUAUAUAAAUCAAGUACGGAAGUAGAACCAUCUUUAUAGAAUAUAUAUACAGGGAACCCCCGCAUAACAUGGUACAUCUAUAACACGGAUUCGAUCUAACAGGGUUUGAGAAGUGAGCAAAACCCCAUUAAAAUAAAAAAUAUAAUAAAACCUAUGAAAUUCAAACUUUAUUUAAUCUAAAAUUAAAAUUAAAACAUAACUAAUUUGAUAUUUAUUAUUCGAGCGCAUACGUUCUAUCGAAAAAAAUCUAGGCUUAUCCGAACAGUUAGUCAAUUAGUCUU